AUGAAAGGUUCGAAGGAGGCUAAGGUCGGCAAAUCCGUGGAAUUUUGUCGUACGUUCAGCAUCAUCAUCAUCAUCAUUGAUUCAGCGUUGAGAUUAAGGAACAUGGUUCUUUAUGCGCACAUUUUUAUCUACACCAACCAACCACAACUUUGGGCUUCAGCAACAAUGUCUUAUUCAAAGAAUCGGCAUCAACGAAGAUUUAGGGUUGACAACAAGGCUUCACUUUGGCCAUUAAACAAAGUCAACAAGGCCAUUAAACAAAGAAUUUGGGAAAGGAUUCCUGAUGCUGACCGUGACAUGUUAAGUGGAGCAACUGAUAUUUUGAAGGUUUUAUUACAGAACCAAACACAACGCAUCAGUGAUGCUUGGGACUGA